CUUAUUUAAACUGUUAUCCCCUUUUCUUCUUCACAGUCUCCUCACCCCUUACCAUACAGCAUCGAGUUUUAGGUGCUGAUGGCUCCGUUAACAUUAGCUGUUGAUGCAAACAGCUCUUCUGCGUUAUCUUCAGAGUUAUCUAACAAGAAAAUGCAAAACCUUCAGUUGGAACCUAAAAAGUUCUUCGCAUCAGUUAAAGCGCGAGAAGAAAAUCCGUUUGACUUUUUGCGACUACUAUUUGAGGGUGUUAUAGCUGGUGGGACAGCUGGUGUUGUAGUUGAAACAGCUUUAUAUCCUAUUGAUACAAUAAAGACACGAUUGCAGGCUGCACGGGGUGGAGGUCAAAUAAUUCUCAAAGGGUUAUAUUCUGGCCUUGCUGGAAAUCUUGCUGGAGUGUUACCUGCAUCUGCUGUGUUUGUUGGUGUUUAUGAGCCUGCCAAGCAAAAACUUUUGAGGACCUUUCCAGAGAACCUCAGUGCUGUUGCUCAUCUGACUGCUGGUGCCAUUGGAGGCAUGGCUGCUUCUUUCAUUCGUGUCCCCACCGAGGUUGUUAAGCAGCGAAUGCAGACGGGCCAAUUUAAUUCUGCCCCUAAUGCUGUUCGGAUGAUUGUUGCCAAAGAAGGCUUUAAAGGACUCUAUGCGGGAUAUGGAUCGUUUCUACUAAGAGAUUUGCCAUUCGAUGCUAUUCAGUUCUGCAUCUAUGAACAACUUCGACUAGGUUAUAAGUUAGCGGCUAAGAGAGAUCUGAAAGAUGCAGAAAAUGCUGUAAUCGGUGCAUUUGCUGGUGCUCUGACGGGAGCCAUAACCACUCCUCUGGAUGUGAUUAAGACUAGGUUGAUGGUUCAGGGAUCAGCGAACCAGUAUAAAGGCAUCUUUGACUGUGUACAGACUAUCGUCCGAGACGAAGGCCCUUCUGCGCUACUCAAGGGAAUCGGGCCGAGAGUGAUGUGGAUAGGCAUCGGUGGCUCCAUCUUUUUCGGAGUUCUUGAAGGGACGAAGCGAUUCCUCGAACAGAAACGACCGGAGAAUCAGAAGCGUUCAAAAUUAGAGUAGCUCAGACAUUUUAUUUAUUGUUACAGAAUGAUUUUUGUUAGGCCUUUUUUUUGGAGAAACAAUAAACAGCAUAGAAACACCACGCGUUGGAAGAGUUUGUUCCAAAAAUACACGGCACUAUCAAUCCCAAGACGCUUUAUUACA